AAGUCAUUGGAGGUUGAAAUAUUCGUGGCCUAUAAAAUGCACACAUCCAUAUUCUCUUAUCCUUUCUUCUAUACUUUUUGUAUUUGUUGAAAUCAUGUACUAAAGAGUAACAGUUUAUGCUGUAUCGGUACUAAUAGUUCAUAUCAACCAUUACAUAUUAGCUUAUCUGUUUAAUCAGAAAAUGGUGGUAAAACUAUAUGGGCAGAUAAAAGCAGGUAAUCCACAAAGAGUAUUGCUCUGUUUUUUGGAAAAGGGCAUCGAGUUUGAAGUUAUUCAUGUCGAUCUUGAUAAAUUUGAGCAGAAAAAACCAGAACAUCUUCUUCGUCAGCCGUUUGGUCAAGUUCCAGCUAUUGAAGAUGGGGAUUUGAAGCUUUUUGAAUCGCGAGCCAUAUCGAGGUACUACGCGACAAAGUAUGCGGAGCAAGGAACGGACCUACUGGGCAAGACCUUGGAGCAACGAGCCAUCGUGGACCAAUGGAUGGAAGUGGAGGCCAACUAUUUCAACGUUGUGGUUCUACCUUUAGUUAUAAACAUCGUGUUUAAGCCAAAGUUUGUUGAGUGCGACGUCGCUUUGGUCGAAGAGCUAAAGGUCAAGUUCGAGAAGGUCUUGGAUGUGUAUGAGAACCGGUUAGCUACGAACCGGUACUUGGCUGGGGCUGAAUUCACAUUGGCUGAUUUGACUCAUAUGCCCGGUAUGAGGUAUAUAAUGAAUGAAGCUGGUUUGAGCGGCAUGAUUACGUCUCGGGAGAAUGUUAACCGGUGGUGGGAUGAGAUUUCGUCCAGACCGGCUUGGAAAAAACUCAUGGAAAUGGCUGCUUAUUAAAUUAGUUUAGUAUAUCGUGCGUUGAUUAUGCUGCUGAUGUGGUAUUUGGAUCAAAUAAGCUUUGAUUAAUAUUUUGAAAAAUAAGUUUUAACAUUUCCUGUCAUUCCCAUAUAAAAAUUUAAAUUUCAUGUGUUU